CAUAUAGUCGCGAGCUGGUCUACGGUGCGGACGACCGUGCAAUACCGUUGCUCUUCUCACGUUUACCCGCGGCGCGUGUGUUUCUCGAAAUAUGAGUGCUCGUCCUUGGUGAAAGAAACGCGAGAUGCUGGCCAGCUCAUGCCAACGGUUCGCGUACAUUCCUGGAGCUCGGUAACGAUUUCCCGUGGCCACGAAACGGAGCCCGUGACUCGGGCCCUUUUACUUUUCCUCGUUACCUCGUGUCAUCGACUGUGGUCCCUUCUUCCAUCGGCACGAAGAAUCGCGACUCGUGGCCCCGUGCAACCGAAGAAAGUCUCCAGUUCGAGGUUUGUCGUUCGUGUGCUUUCGUAUCUUGUUUCGAGACUACUUCGGCCGAGCACGAGUGCAUUCGUACGUUUGCGGAGGUUAAUGGUAUUCCCUGCAUUCCUGGGGACCUUUUUCCUCGUCCUUGGUUGCUCCGUGCCGCGCCUCAUUGUUUUGUGAAGUCUUUUGUGCCGCUUCCGUCGUACGGGAAUGUUUCGUGACCGAUCCAAAAAAAGAGCAAUAGCGAGUGGAAAGGAAUGAAUAACCGCGGCACAAGAAUUUACAAAGUUUCGGAACGGAUUGGGAAAACGAGGAAUUGAAAAAGUGGUGGAACGUGUUUAUUCCGCGGUUCGCGCUUUGUGUAGAUUGUCGAAGUAUGGUCGCAGGUGCCAAAACGGUGUGCUCGAGUGGACAUUUUCCCAAGCGGUUACAGCUAACCAUUGUGCAGCAAAGAGUUGACCUUUCGCUCUUCACUCACGGCGACGUAAUACGCACCGCGCGACUUGGUUUUAUUUACCGCAAACACUGACCGAAUCCACGCUGUACGCGAAUGAAAGUCGAGUCGCUCGCGUUUGUUGGUUUCUGUGGGAAUCGGGGGACGGUCGAAUGUCAGAAACAGCGACCACGAAAUUGCCUUGGAGUACCGAAAAUGAUUCUAGGGAGCGCGAGUUAACAGGUGCCCCGCGGUUAAGCACGCCAUAGCGAGCCUCGCGUAAUCAUCGAAUUUGUGAAUAGACCGUGUAACGAUACAGUGUGCGAGGUUUCCGCGAAACGAUCAUUCGAGAGAGGUCACCGUCGUCGAUGGAUGAAGGAAAACAUCGAUGGGGGAAAUAUUCACGUACCCACCCGACGUUUCCACGUAUUCCCAGGCAACAGAGAACCUUAUUUGUUUUCCUUGAUACACGUGUUCCUCCAGGGAGCACCACGGUACACGUCUAUAUUUAGAGGAAUUGCUGGAGCAAGAAAUUCGGAGCCCUCGAUGACUGGUGCGUUCCUCGGCCCUUAGGAGCCUCUCACUCUCCAGCGUCGAGACUAAGCAGGUGAGAUGAGCAGACCCUCCCCUCGGCAAAUAAAAAGAGGAAAAUAAACGAUCCGUACACAUGUAAGGGAUCUCUCGUCACAGACAUGAUGCACGUAGAGAAUCUGGAGGAGUCUCCCAAAAGGAGGUCGACGUUCUACGUGUCGUUAGACGGGGAGGCUCGUCAGCCCUCGAAAAUCCCGAAAACGAUUUCUUCGGAGUCCGAGAAAUUCGUUAGCAACACUUUUCCUAUCAGUACCUCGAAGACGACGCCCAACGUCAUUCUGACGCGGACGUUGAGUAACAACGAGUCUAUCUGCGGGGCUAAGAGGGACGAUACGUUCCCAGAGUCCAGGGGCAAGGUGCAGUCUCUGACGAAGAUCUUCGAGACCCCAAAAACUGAACAAACUGGUAGCGGGUCCGAGCACAGGAAAAAGGUCGAGAGGACCAGGUCGUUCAAGACCAUAGAGAGAUUCCAGAGCCGGUUCACCGGCAGGAAGGACCCCGCUAGAAAAGAUAAUCGUUUGAAUAACACCAUCGCGUGCUUCGAAGUCGAGGAUGAGGACACGAAGAAGAAGGAUGCCGAGAAACAGCGGACCUCCGCGAAAAUCGUUGAAUCGAAGUCGAACGGAGCUGGCAGGAACAGCUCCACGGAGACUAGAAGCAAACAGAACGGGAACACCACGUUCACCAACUUGUUGAUACGCAGGACCCACAGCACCAAGUUAGUUAGGAGCACCAGCACGUUGGUGAAGGUGACGAACAGGCACGCGUCCGUAGACAGCCCCUGUGCCAUCGCGACGCCUUCCAAGAACGACCAUCAUCGUUCUGGAAGCGAGAAAUCGAAAGACGACGAUACACCCUACGAUUCCGUUGCGGACAACGACGAGGGCACGGGAUCCUCCGUCUUCGAGGACGCUGAUGGGGACGCUGGGAUACAUUCAGAUACGUCCUACGAGAAGGCCUGUCGGAGGGGUAGCGCACCAGCCACCCCUGUCCUCGGAGCACGACCCUUGGACGUCACCCCCAACAGAAUCGUCAAUUUCUUCUCGAAGAGAUCGUUCCGCUCGAACCCGCUGAAGAGAACGAAAAGCGUGACGAAGUUAGAGCGACAGAAGCAACGGGGCGCAGGUCUACGGGGUUGUCGUUCACACGAGUCCCUCCUCUGCGGACAGGCGGUGACCUCGAUGGAUCUCGCGGCCGUGACACCGUUGCAUCCGAGCCUGCUUGGAAGACCUCAUUGCUUCCAGGUCACGCCCAGCACCGGUGGGCCCAAGUAUUUCAGUUGCAGGACCGCUCACGAACGGGACCAGUGGUUACACAGUUUAAGGAAAUCAGUUCAACCAGACGCUGAGCAAACGCGACGUACGGACAAUUCCCUGCAGAUUUGGCUGUUGGAAGCGAAGGGCGUGCCAGCAAAGAAGAGAUACUUUUGCGAGGUAUGUCUGGACAGCACCCUGUAUGCAAGGACCACCGCAAAGUUGAAGGCAGACCUCUGUUUCUGGGGCGAGCACUUCGACUUCCAUCAUCUACCUUCCGUCAACACAAUCCAAGUGAAUCUGUAUAGGGAGGCUGAUCGGAAAAAGAAGAGGGACAAAAAUGUUUUAAUCGGUUCCGUCAGCAUACCUGUGCAUAUCGUGACGUCACGUUAUCUGACAGAGAAGUGGUACCCCGUGGUGGGAGAUAAAGGUCCUUUGAAGGAACCCCCAGCGUUGAGGGUGAAAUGUCGCUUCCAGUCUGUGGACAUACUACCUGUUCAGGUGUACCAGGAGUUCCUGGAAUACCUGAAGACCGACUACAAAUCUUUGUGCGAGAAACUGGAGCCUGCGAUUGGCGUCAAAGCGAAAGAGGAUAUCGCCACGGCUUUAGUAGCAGUCAUGCAACGGGAAAAGAAAGCGCCACAGUUUCUCGCUGACUUGGUUAUGAUGGACAUACACAGAAUAGACGACGAGAGACUCACCUUUCGAGGAAAUUCCUUAGCCACGAAGGCGAUGGAGGCCUACCUGAAGUUGACGGGCGAUAGGUAUCUGCAAGAGACCUUGGGAGCGGUGGUGAGGGGCGCGGUAGAGGGUGGCGAUUGCGAAGUGGACCCACUGAAGGUCGCCUCGGUGGCAGCCCUUCACAAACAACAACAGAAUCUACGGAACGCCGUGGAGCUCGCCUGGAGCAGGAUACUGGCCAGCCAUGCUCACUUUCCUCUCGAGUUGCGCGAAUGCUUCCGCAUAUUCCGUGAACGUCUGGCCGAUAUGUGUCGCGAGGACAUUGCCGACAAUCUGAUCUCCGCGUCUAUAUUCCUCAGAUUCCUCUGUCCAGCUAUACUCAGCCCGUCUCUCUUCAAUAUUACGCACGAAUAUCCGAACGAGAAGGCAGCGAGGAACCUCACUCUCGUGGCCAAAACGCUCCAGACGCUAGCAAACUUCACGAGAUUUCAAGGAAAAGAGAACUUCAUGGAAUUCAUGAAUGACCUUUUGGAACGCGAGGCUCCAUCCAUGAAAAACUUUCUUCAGCUGAUCAGCAGCUCAUUCCCAAAGGACUCUCCAGCUAACAAUUCGCUGGAAUUCGACGGCUACAUAGACCUGGGAAAGCAAUUAUCCCUCCUCCACGCGCUUCUACGAGAAAGUUUAGUCACGAUUGCUUCGUCAUCGUCACCCCUGCCCCCACCGAAACUGCCAGAGAUCUUGGAAAGGAUUUCCCUAGCUUUGGACCAACCAGGUCCGAGUCCCGUGCCAGCUUCUCAUCGUUACCCGAACUUGCAGAACAAUAUCUUUCGUUACAACGAUCCCACAAUCGCGAACAGCAACACGAAUCUCUCUGUGUCAGCCACGUCGACGCUGAGCAACCACAGCACGCUGAACGGGACGAUCAGAGACAGCAACGAAGUGCUGCAGUCUAACACGUUAGGUCACAACAGCUCGCGCAGUCCAAACGUCACCAGAGCUGCCACUCUGCCUCGCAACGCGUACAUGCCGACUAAUGGGAAGCUUCAGCUGCAAAUUACCACAGAUGAUUAUCCAUUAGAACCAGCAGCCUUCGUGUCACGUUCACCAACCCCGAUUGUGAGACAACAUAGGGCAAUCGGGGCGAAUAGAACAGGUGCAGGAUAUAGACUGACUGCCAGCGCGAGUCUUGCAAACGUGAAUCACUGUCAAACACACCCCACCAGCCCUACGCGAUCAGAAAGUCACAGUAACCUGAAGGACUCGAACUACAACAUCAACACGUCCCAGAAUAAUCAAACGAACAUCUGCACAAUCGUCGCUCAGCAGCAACAGCAGCAACAGAAUCACCGACACAAUAUCGCGCGGCUGCAGAACAUGGACAUCCACGACAGAGAGGACAACUACAAUCACAACAACUACAACGUCUCAAGGUCAGCCAGCAGGAAUCACUGUAACAAGGAGGAGAACGCGAAUCAGAUGCAGCAUCAGAAUUACAACAACGUAUCGAAGACCACCGUGAACGCAAACGUAGUGGUGAAUCCCUCGUCGAACCUAACGCUCUCUAUCAAUCACCAACCCAACAACAAUUACAAUAAUAGCAAGAUGAACAACACCGCUAACGGCAAUCUGGAUGAAUUUUCAGACUUGCUCAGGUACGCAGACGAUGAAGUUUCGGAGUCGAAAUCGCAAAAGGGAUCGCAGAUAUCGAUCUCGCAAUUGAGCAACGUUGCCUCGUCCGGUUAUCAAAGUUUUGCUGCUUACAGUCAGAGUUCCAGCCCUGUUGAUCUGAGUAGCAAUAACGCAAACGCACACAUAAUCAGCGCCGCGCCUUUAGCUUUCGCGAAUCCUGUGUACCGGAUGGAACCGAAUCACGGAAGAAAUGGUAGGAGAGGUAGCAGCAGCUCUGAGGAGAGAGAAGGAAGCGGCGGUGGCGUCGAAGGUGUCAGAGGUGUUGAUCUGAGUCCAUCGCCUCCGCCUCAAAACAAUGUCAGAAAUCUUCAGAGGAACAGUCAGAACCAAUGGAGGCAAACCAAACAAACACACAGGAAUAACUCGGAACAGAUUCAAGGCGUCUGCUGCCCGAAACACAGGAGGAGGUUGUCGCUGGACUCGACGCGAGAUCUGUCCGACACUAGCGAAGAGGAAAAUUGCACGACCAGAAGGAGCAAGUCUCGUAGUCACCGUAGCAUCGAACAGUACGAAGUGGAAAUCGAGAGGCUGCGGAAUAGCAUAGAUGAACUGAGGGCACAGUUCGGCAUCACCGAGGAUACCGAUAUUGACGGGAUUGCACCGGAUACCAAGAUGAAGAGCAUCAUCUCCAGGUUAAUCUCUGUGGAGGAGGAGCGGCGGCGCGAACAGCAAAAGAUGUCGGCCGCGUUGUCGUACAAGCAGCGCGUGAUCGACGCGCAGGAGCAGCAAAUAGCCGCCCUGGAUGCCGCGAAUUCGUGUCUAAUGAUGAAAAACACAAGACUGUUGUCAAAAUUGAGCACCCUGACACAACAGUACAACGCUAAGACCCAGUCGAGCAACGAGGCAGCAGCGUUGCUGCAGAACAUCGCGGACAUCGGUGAACUGAAAAGCUCGUCCUGUUGAGAAUGCAGUCGUGUGUUGCUCGUUCAUCGGCAAGACUGUGUCGCCAAACCCGCUCCGGUGAACCAAUUGGCAAAGAAGGGACGAACGGAGAAUGAGUUACAAUCCAUAGAAUCGUAUUCGUACUUUUGUAGCUAAAAUUCAAGCCGAUUUUCGUUUCGAGGAUAGUCGACACGUUGAGAAAUCAGUUUCGGGACUUUGUAACGCGAGGUUACCGCGGAGUCACGCUCGGUUGCACACGCAACUCUCUGGAUCCUCCCUCGUUUCAUUCGUGUUUAAGAAUUGGAACGAUAGCUCGACAAGUUUAAUUAGAUCCCUGGUAGUAGCAUCAGUAUGAAAAAAUGUAUGGAGGCGAUGAGUUCAGGCUGUUAAACUGUCGCCUAAACGAACAGUCUACGAAGAAUCUGGAAAGAUGACAAAGAUCCAAGUUGAAUUGGAUUGAUAAGUCUUAUUUAACUUGUUGAACUAUACUUCUCAAGUACAAAAAUCCGUGUCUCGAGGGUUUCUGAAAAGUGUUCCAGGGAUUGGAACGGUUACUAACCAGAAACUAGCCAGCGCGUCAGUUACUUAUAGCACAGCAAGUUUGAUAAGAUAAUAGUAGCUAAAGUACUAAAGUAGUAGCUAACAAAGGCGUGAAUGACAAGGAUAAGAUGAAGCAAUUAAGACUAUCUGUUAGGUAUAUAAUCUAACUAGUGAAUCUGAUAUUUUUAAUUAUUUAUAACAUAAAUUAUUUUUCUUCUAAAAAAAAUUAUGUAAUCAGAUAAUGAUGAACAUUGAUAAUGGGAUACGAAUUGCAAGGUAAAUUUUAAGAAGAACAACCUUUUGUCUGUAUACAUACUGACAUGAGAAAUUGUAAAUAAUAGCAAUUAUAAACACAUUGCUUGAUGGUCGCAUUAAAUUGACCAUAUCGAGCGCGUAUUGACAAGAAGAUUUGGAUUCCGAGAUCACAUAACUAUGUAUCCCUAUUUUGACACAGAGUUAUUGGAGGUUAAAACAAGAGUUAUAAAGACUGACAAGGUCGAAUCAAGGUCCAGGGAUCUUAUUUAAUACGUUAAACACCGCAUUGGUCUCUUUAGACCAGGGCUGACCAUUUCGUUUAAGCUAUGACAUCAUACCAAUCUUUACAUAAUACUGUUACAAACAAAUAGUAAUACUGAUGUCAAGUCUGAUAUCAACGACUGAUAUCCAUGACUGAUAAUCAAGAUUUAGAGUGGUCCAAUCCAAAAGCCUACAAACUGAACGCUUAUCUCUAAUAUCUGCAAAGGGUACACCCAUCUUUAUUUAGAUUCUUUUUACAAAUUGCAUAAAUUUCGUACUAAAGUAUUAUAUUCUUUAUUUAUCAACUUUUAUUCCACAAAAGCUAUAAUACGCAGGAACCGGCGUGGCGUUUAACAUGUUGACUUGUUGAGCUGUAUCUCCCGAUCUAGCAGCGUUUCGAGACAUUGAAAACCUAUAAUCUCACGAGUACAUUAGGUUUAACGAACCUAGUCAAUGCAAAAUUCGCUCGAGAUUAAUGGAAAUGAAAAGGGAGGAAAGGGUGAGGCGUGUGCGGAAAUAGAGGCUACCUAGUGAAUAGGCAAACGGGUUAAGUAGAUAAUUUACGUCGACCUCCACGUGACAUAGCGUUAAGUUUAAUUAGAACCGGAUAAUUCGCGAACCUCGCGUUGUUUGUAGUUGAGAAGAGCAAUGAGAGAUUAAUCGCCACCCGAUCGUUGAUCUGUUGUCGUAUUUCGCUGAUUCGUCCCCCAAUGGCUUUCCUCUGUUCGACACGAACAAGCCUGAAAGUCGUCGAAGCAAUGAGUGGGAUAGGGAAAGGUUUGACCCUUUCAGUGUUGAGAUUCAAAUCGAAGCGCACGUCGUAUACGGAAUUAUGGCGGUCAUAUACGUUAAGCAUAGUAUUUUGAUGCCCAUAGGCGUUCAACGCACAGACUAUAUGGAAUUGUAAGUGCACGCGACACUGAAACAUUUGGAAUUGGAAUUAUAUUCAUCUAACGAUGGUUAAAACAUCUAAGUAAAGGCAAAUCGCUUAACCUUGCUGGUAAAUACAAGGUGGUGGUACAACCAAGCAGUGCGCGAUUCAUCAUGAAGAAAUAAGUCAAAAGUGCAGAAUAAAAUUUGUUUAUCUGAGGCUUUGUUCUUAAAAGAAUCAAGCUGAAAGUUGAUCAAGUGCAAGUAUACUGUUAGUUACUCGUAAUUUUAUUUAUAAACAUGUACAAUGUCACUGUAUGCUUCCUGUUAUCGUUAUCUUCAGUUGUACCACCAUUGCUGGAACACCUUGUGUAAUUGGGAUCUGAUACAGAAAUUUCUAAUCAAAGGGACCGUUAUAUGCGAAAACAUAGUGAUUGCAUACGUUAAGCAUGAUGAUGGCUCGACGCUCAUGGGUGUUCAUCGUAUGGAUUACAUUGAAUUGGUUGUUAGCGCCAUCAGCAUUGAUAGGGUCAGGAUCUAGGUCUGGCAGUGGACCAUAGAAGCAGAGACGAAUCUCUCUUCUCCGUUUCGUCACUUCCGUUUCAUUUUCUUUUUCGUUUAGCAUCGUAUGUACCUUGACGCACAGCCGCAUGCACCGUAACCGCCUAGCAUGACGUACGAAGAUUGUAACAUGUGUAUUGCACCGAUGUGCAACUGAAUCCUUGAGCACCGAGUCGUACUUCGACGUCACCCUGUAUAUGCGUGUACAUUUUUUGUAGUUUUCGUUUUAAGCGCCGCUGGGUCAUCGCGAACGUACGACCUUCCUUUCAUAUAUGGUGGCCAUUUUAAAUGUACGAGUCGUCCCUCUCAGGGCAUUCAACACCACCUGAGACGAAACAAGUUGAUCGAAAUUUAGCGUUCGCACCACGAGUCUUCGAGCGUGCGUUCGAUCGCAAACUCCGAUUCUUACUUUUAUCGAUGAUAUAUUUAUUUAGUAGUUCUACCAAAGAUGAAGAGUGUUUUCGUUGUAAAAAAGAAAAAGAGAGAGAGAGAGAGAGAAAGAGAGAAAGAGGAGCAGAUUUAUAUAAUAUAUAUUUCGUCGAGUACCGCGACCGAGGUGCUGGUGCGCGGUGCAAAAAUUCGAAUUUACUGCGGUCGCGUAGUGAGACUUUUCAAAUGUUUUUUUUUUUUUUAUUAUCAUUAGUUUUGCACAAUCGAUGCAUUCAUGCAUGACAAUUAGACGCUUGACGGUCUCGUUUGUUCGCAAGCGUUAGCGCGAGUUAAUGUUUUUACAUCACAGCAACAAUUUGUAGCCGUUGUAGAGCGAGAUGCACGCGAGCAAAAUAGAAAGACUGUCGUGAAUGGAGGAACGAUAGACUAGAGUAAAUGUUGGGAAUGCAUGUAGAAGAGAAAAAGUGUUCGUGCCCGUAAUAAAUGCGUGUGUAUGAAUGAUACUACGUGCGUGAAACGUAUGAGAGAAGAUUACGAUUCAGUUUAAUGUUAUUAAAAAAAAAGUAUUAUCUCGUCGACUUGUACCAUAGCUUAUUCUCGGGGCGUUUGUGAGAGCGUUUUAUUUUCUCGCCUUUCGCCGAUUAUUUUUGUAUAGAGAUAUCUAUCUUCCCUAUUUCUUUCACUCUGACCCAUCCCUUCCCCGUCCCCGCGCUCGAUCUUUACACUUUUUGUACUUUCUUUAACGCGAGCUGAAAAUGUUUUCAAUCGUCGUGCGUUGACGAUUAUGAAAUUAAUAUAUUUAAUAUCGUUUCCCUCUCCAUUUCCCUUCUUGUUGGACGAUGUAAUCGAUAAACGAUAAAAUAAUCUAUUUAAAAUGACUUGGAUAGCCUGUACAUUGCUAAGUUUUUGGUAUAUUCGUUUCUGCAAUACAUCAUCUGUAUUUAAGCGUAUAGCAUCUGUUAGUAACAGUACAUGAACAAAUAAAUAUGAUUAGACAUAUUA